GGAAUUAUCUAAUUAAGCUUUUAUUUCUUUUGACAUAAAAAGAAGUUAAAAUGCAAUCGAAAAGUGUGUAAUCUGUGAUGGACUAUGGACAUUGAUAGGCCGGUUCCACCCCCUCGUCACAAAAAGCGGGCCAAGCUAGCAGCGCAAGAACGGGAGAGAAGAUCGGUUACUUGGGGUCCGGAGACAUGGAUCGGCGUUCGGGCGUUGCGCGCCAGCGGCGGUGGCAUUCUCGACCCGGACGACAGGGUGUGCGACGUCGCCGACGACCGGGAGACCCUCACCGCGGAGUGCAGCAACCAGCCCCAGCCGCGAGCGGCGCAGGCUGACGGCGCCAGCGGGUCUUCCGCCGGCACCGCCUCGCCCGAUAUGUUCCGAGGCGGUGGCGGCGUGGGCACAGUGGCGGAUUCAUGUGUCGAAGUGGGCGCCGGCGCAGACGGUGGAGGUGGGCUCCAGGUGCGACGCGGCAGCGAGCCUACUCUGCAUCAGGACAACCUGCCCCUGACGCUGCAUGACGAUGCAUCCGAGCAAACGAAGCGGUGGUCGGCCGCGGUGGUGUGCCGCGAGGACCGCGCGCCGCACAAGCCGGACGCGCGCCCCGACCCCGCCCCCGCGCCGCACUUCCAGCGACACUCCAACAGACUUUCCAUGCAGUUCUCCGGACCGGGAAGUGGUGUGUGGCUGGACGCAGCGGAACGUGUACAGAGUUACGGCAGCAAGAGUCUCCCGCGGGACGCUCGCAGGGAGCCUCUGGGACAGGACACGCCCCCCAGCGUCGACCAAAACCAUAGGGUGGAGGAGAUGCUAAGAUGGGUGUCGGGAGUGAACAACGUGGCCAGCGUACAUCCCGUCCAGGAGCGGCCGUUGGACUUACUACCUGAAGGUGGCAACAGCGAGCGCGCGGUCUCCGGAGUGGAGAUCCCAGUGAGUCCCAGCAGCAAGCCGGCCACGCAGACCGUCUCCGUGACCCUGGUGAAGGGCGACAAAGGGCUGGGCUUCACCAUCACCACACGAGACAACCCCACCGGUGGACACUGUCCUAUAUACAUCAAGAAUAUAUUGCCCAAGGGUGCAGCUGUGACGGACGGUCGUCUGCGCGCCGGGGACCGGCUCGUGUCAGUGGGUGGCGCGGCGGUGGCGGGUCUGGCGCAGCAGCAGGUGGUGGCUCUGCUCCGGAACACGCCCCCUCGCGCCGCGGUAGAUAUCGUCGUCGAGCGCCCCGCCCCUCACCCCGCGCUAGCUACGCACCCGCAAAACGCCACGCGUACGCAGAGAGUGGAACCACAGCCUAGUCCAAAGAAAUAUAACGAAAAAGCCAUAGGAUCUGAGAUGCCAGUUCAAACGGAGAACAAAACUGAGAACGGCCGAGUUUCGAACAUGGUGAAUGCAAUCAACCAAAGCGCGAAUAGCUCCAUACGAGGUCGGAUACCCAAGAGUUCUUCGAAAGACGAUCUCUUGAAGGACCAAAGCCUGAACAACUCUAAUUCCAACUCAAACGACGCGCUAAAUUCGUCUUCAAGAUCUCUACUAAGUCUAAGGAACCGGCAGAUUCUCCGGCUUGACGUGCCGGUGCACGACUCGGAGAAGGCCGGACUGGGGAUAAGCGUGAAGGGCAAGGUCACCGUCGGUCCCGAACCCCAUGAUCUGGGCAUCUUCAUCAAGUCGGUCCUACACGGUGGCGCCGCUUCGAGGGACGGAAGAUUGCACACUAACGACCAGUUGCUGAGCGUGAACGGAGUGUCGCUAGUGGGUCAGUCGAACGCCGAAGCCAUGGAGACGCUGCGACGAGCCCUGCUGCACUCCCGACCCAACGUGCACGGGAGUAUAUCCCUCACAGUCGCCAGGAGAACAGACAGCAUGGAUAACCUAGCGAGGUGGAAGGACGAUACGCCGCCAAACGGGAACGACACAACAAACUCGAACGAGAACAGCAACUCGCAGAACUUCAACACGAUCAUAUACAACGGCGAUAAAGAGAACAAACCCGAGUACCCCAAAUACGAGAAGAUUGAAGAGCGACAGAAGCAUGCGACUGUCGUCACCGUCAACAGCAACGGCAGUUGGGCGUCAAACCAGUCGGACGAUUGUAAGGGAUACCUCGAGAGAGACGAUUCCAACCACGAUAGUAAAAGAGACAGUUUCGAGUGGAGUCGACUGGAUGGGUGGAAUCCGGUGAUAGACAGACUGACGGGGCUUCGUAACGAGAGCUAUUAUAUGGCGACGCAGCCGCACGUGCCGCUCGCGCCGAGCGAACGUCGUGCGCACGCGCGCUCCCCCCCACACCAUCACGUGAUCAUUGAGGAGGAUUACGUCACACGAGGCAGCGCGGGCGAGUCAGGCAGCGAGAGCGGUCACGGGUUCAGCCGCGACGCCGUCGGCCGCCGCUCGAUGUCGGAGAAGCGGCACGCGGCGCUCGACGCGCGCGCUACCGGCACUUACAAGAAGAUCAAGGAGCUUAAGGCUGAGCAUGCACUGCAAGUUGGUCCGUCAUUGGGUAUGCGGAAAUCGUCUAGCUUGGAAUCUCUACAGACUGCCAUACAGGAGAAACAGAGGAACCCACGCAACGAACCCAUAUACGCACGGGCUCAUCCACCUCUGAAGCACUGGCUGACGGACGACAGCGCGGCGCCGGACACACUCGUGCGGGGUUCGCCGCAGCAGUCCUCACUCUCGCACAAGAAGCCUUCCUUGCUGAAAUCACUCUCCACUAUGUUUAGAAUCGGCAAGCCCCACAAAAAGACUGACACUGAAAUAUGCGGACGAUCGACGCCGGGGCGGUCCUCAGAGAAAUCGUUAUCGAGGGAGGCGCUAGAGAGGCAUAGCAGAAUAGACGAGCGGUUAGCAGAGAGCUCGGAAAGGGAACAUAAUUUGAGAGAGGAAAGUAGAAGAAGCGAGCGCAGCGAGCGUACAGAACGCUUGGCGCGCCCGCCGGAGCGGCGCAGCGCACGCACCGCCCCCUCGCACGCGCCGCAGGCCUUGGACAGCGCCUGGGGGCCGACCGGACACUACGUCAACUACGAGGAGAUACAACACAACCUCAACGCGCGGCGGGAGAAGCUGAGCGAGGUGCAGAUCGGGCAGAUGCGGCGGCAGGUCGACGCGCAGCGCGCCAAAGCUGAGGAGGAGAGCAGCCGUCGAGCCGGUUCGGGCUAUCAUUCACAGCGAUCGUGUAGGGACGCCCGAACGCAGUCCAACUAUUACGACUACGACACUGCGCCGCCGCGACGACCCGGCAAGCUCUCGCACUACCACUGAUACAGAAACAAGAUAUGUAUGUUCAGAAAGUUAUUCACUGUUAAGUAACAGGUUAUGUGCAUGUUCAGGAAGUAAUCGGUAAAAAGCACUGACAGUUCGAAACCCAAGCUUUCGAAAUCCGAACUACCACUGAUAGUUCAGUAACAGGUUAUGCGACUGUGUUUUCAGAAAGUGAUUGAAAAAUAAGCAGGCUCUUGCACUAUCGUUCAGGAACAAUUUAUGUUACUGUAUGUUCAGAGAGUGAUUGAAAAAUAAGCAGGCUCUUGCGCUAUUAGUUAUUACUGACUGUUCAGGAACAGGUUAUGUGACUGAUCUCUCAGACUCAGAAAGUGGUCGGUAAAUAAUUCAGAAACUGCUAUAUUUGUCGCUGUUUCUAAAAUUUUAUGAAGUAUGUGUUUCUGAAUUCCAAUAUGCAAUAGACUAUGAUCUAUUAGUGACUUCAGAAACGUUUUGAUUUCAGAAAUUGAAAAAGAGAUUUAGUAAUAAAGUUCAGAAUUAAUAAAAUCUACUUAACUGAUCGGUUAAGUUAUAAAAUGACUUUUAGAAAGUCCCUGAAGUGAGAUUAAGCCAUUAAUGCACUUAAGACUAACAGUUUUUUAGAAAAGACGAAUAAUUAUAAUAUUUUAUUUAUUAAAAUAAGUAGGAAUGUAAUAAAAACUACUCUUUAGGUAGAUUAUAUCAGCUUACAAAAUUGUAACCUAAUAUUGAGCUGGUCAAAUCUAGUAAGCGAAGCAGUAGUUAAUAUUUCUAGAGCCUCAGGCUAGCAUUGUUAACAAAAGCAUUACUUAUAAGUAAUAAUUGUAAAUUACGGACAGCUAUAAUUGUUCAUUAGUUUUAUUACGAUCUAUUACGAUGCAAUUAUAAUAUAUUUAUGUAAUAAAUUAACAGAAUCGUUAAAUAUGUAUCAUAUUCGCAUUGUUUGAAUGUAUGUAUAUGUAACAUUCGAAUAGCGUCAAUAUAUUCUGUGGUAGCGUUCCGAACGUCGAGCUAAUUUGAAAUUCUAAAGCGAUAACAACAUAUUCGGUACUGUAUAAUUGAAACUUAUGUAUAACAACAGCUUUUAUUAUGCUGCCUAUGUGAGUUUAUUAUAUUGAUUACCUGUGACUUAAGUAUUUUUCUGAAAAAAAAAAGUUUCUAAAAUAUUUCUGAACAAGGAAUAAUAAGCUUAUGCCUGCCUAACAUACACCAAGGAGAUAUCUCACUCUCGAGAUAAUCA